GCGCGCGAGAGGCGCGUGAGAUGCGCGAAGCGGCGCGAAGCGCGCGAAGCAGCGCGAAGCGCGCGAAACGCGCGAAGCGCGCGAAGGUGCGCGGAGGCGCGCGAGAGGCGCGAACCGGCGCAAAGCGCGCGAAGGAGCGCGGAGGCGCGCGGAGCGGCGCGAAGCGCGCGAAGCGCGCGAAGCCCGCGAAGGUGCGCGGAGGCGCGGGGAGGCGCGCGGAGCGCACGAAGCGCGCGAAGCCGUGCGAAGCGCGCGAAGGCGCGGGGAGGGGUGCCAUCAGAGGCGCGCGAGAGGCGCGAAGCGGGCGCGGAGGGGCGCCAGAGGCCCGCGAGAGGCUUGCGGAGGGGUGCCAUCAGAGGCGCGCGAGAGGCGCGAAGCGGGCGCGGAGGGGCGCCAGAGGCGCGCGAGAGGCGCGAAGCGGCGCGAAGCGCGCGAAGCGCGCGAAGCCGCGCGAAGCGCGGGAAGGCUUGCGGAGGGGUGCCAUCAGAGGCGCGCGAGAGGCGCGAAGCGGGCGCGGAGGGGCGCCAGAGGCGCGCGAGAGGCGCGAAGCGGCGCGAAGCGCGCGAAGCGCGCGAAGCCGCGCGAAGCCACGCGAAGCGCGCGAAGAGGCGCCACAGAGGCGCGCGAGAGGCGCGAAGCGCGCGAAGCGCGCGAAGGCGCGCGGAGGCGCGCGGAAGGCGCGCGAGGCCGCGCGAAGCGCGCGAAGCCACGCGAAGCGCGAAGCGCGCGAAGAGGCGCCAGAGGCGCGCGAGAGGCGCGAAGCGCGCGAAGGCGCGCGGAGGCGCGCGGAGGCGCGAAAGCGCGCGAAGACGCGCGAAGCGCGCGAAGAGGCGCCAGAGGCGCGCGAAGCGCGCGAAGCGCGCGAAGGCGCGCGGAGGCGCGCGGAGGCGCGAAGCGCGCGAGGCCGCGCGAAGCGCGCGAAGCCACGCGAAGCGAGCGAAGGACUUGGAGACAUCGUGUGGCACGUGGAACAAGAGCUCAACCGAGUCCAGAAGUGGAAGAACGGCCAGGAACCGCUCGCACCGGAAGGUGUCGACAUUAUCAUUCAAUGGGGUGGUAAUGACGUCUAUGGCGAGUAUGGUUACAAAGGCUUUUCCUUCCACAUGCGCAAUGCGUGGGUUCGUGUUGAUGAUGCAUUGCAUGACACACUUUCCAAUUGGGAGACCAAGGGACGCAAGGCCGUCGAGGACGCAAAAGAUGCCCUGGUCCGUCUCUCAUCCCGGAAGGGAGUGUCCUCUGUCACGUUGGUGGCUGGCCCCCACAAUGGGGAAUUCUAUGGUCUCCCGGAGGUCUAUGACCUGGAGAUGGCACGCCAUUCCGAUGAGUUGAAGGAGCGAGGGAUCCGCAUCGUUGAUCCCCAGGCCCACAUCCUUACGACAGAGCGUUACGAUGGGUUUCACAUGGAGGCUACCCACGACAACGUGAAGGUUACCACCCGCUGGUUCUUUCACCUUUGCUCUGCAAUCAUGUUCGAGCGGUGGCUUGUGAAGCAUGCGAUGGAACUUAAGGCCAAUUCGCGUGGUAUCCUCUUCCACAACCACUUUCACCUCGGACUCGGCUUGGAAGAGCUCGACAUCCCUCCUACCACGGACUUGCUCAUUCCGGCGGAAGCUGAGAUGGUGACUUUCCCACCUGAGGCACCGCCCGUGCAACGUUUCCCAGAGGAGGAGAUUGUCUUGAACCAGCCGAUCCUCAGCUUGGAAAAGCUUGACGAGCUUGAGGGUGUACCGCCCACUGACUAUGUCAAUGAAGUGGCGAAAGAGUCAGAGGAGCUCACGGUUGAGGACAUGGUGUCUCGUAACCCGAAUCCGGAGGACGAGCACCUCACCGUGGAAGCGGUUGACCCCGGCUCGGAGAUGGAACAAAUCGUUCGGAAAAUGAUUGAGUCGGUGAACCUGGUGAUGACGGAUAAGGAGGCUGAAGAGGUCGCCCAGGAGACGGGUGUUGCUCCAUACGAGUUUGUUGAGCCGAAUGUCACAGCUACAUCUGUUGUGGAUGGUGAGGCAGUCUCUACGAUUGCUACUUCCGACAUCCCGACGGAAGUCUGGGACUCUGGUCCGAUGGCUGUGGACUACGGCGCAGACGACGAAGUGGAGCCUCCCCGCGGAAGUGGUGGACCCAUCUGGCUUACACCGGAUCAGCUACCUGAUGUCAAGGGUCGCAUGGGAUACUUUCGCCUCAAUGAGAUGGAGUGUGUUUCGUUGGGCAAAAAGCUGUCGUGGCACCUGCGUGGGCAUGCCAAGGACAAGGGGUUCCGCACUGUUGAGUUCGACGAAGAGCAGUCAGCAGAGAUUGGUGAUGUCUUGAAGGUCAUUGGGAAACAGUGGUCCCGCCUGACGGUGAUGACCAUUAUUGACCUGUUGACGUCCGAUCACUGUGACAAAGCACGGUUCGAACUCCAGGCGGAAGCCUUGGACGAGGAGACACGGUUGGGCCGGGGAACAAACUGGCACUUUACCCGUGUCCGAGCAUUCCAAGGACACAACGCCUGCUUGCUCGUCCUCGACAGCGACCCGCUGAAGACCACUGUCAAACAGUGGGCCCUCGAUGACCAAUGGAUCCCGUCCUAUGUUGAUCUACCGAUCACGGGUCCAUAUCCUUAUCGGGCAACGGCCUUCGAUCUGAUGCCAAAGCUGGCGUACCACGCCACAUACUGGCGAAAUUUCAUCAAGAUCGUCAACACAGGCCUCAUCCCGGGAGGGAAAAUGACCUCGAAGGGCAACAGCGGGAGGCCCUUCAACAUGUUCGCGAUGGAGCCUCAGUGGGAACGCACCUCCAAUCAGGGUGUCCGCCCUGGCGCGCAGCUGGAAUUUGUGAUAGACUUACAGCUCGCUGCUUGCGAUGGCUGUCGGUUUUUCGAGACAAAAGCUGGAGCGCUGCAGACGCCGGAUUGGAUCAGCAACCGGGCCAUUCUGUAUGCAUAUGACCGGUCGACUCAGGAGAUGAUCUGGGCGAACCGAGCAUACGAACCAGCGCGGAAGCGCUUGGCCCAGGCAUGCAAAGACAAGAGCCUCAACACGCCUAUUUAUGGCGAGCGGGGUCACCAGGAACUGAUCGAUGCAAACGGCUAUUGCUUCAACUACCUCGUGGCAGGCCUAGGGUAUCGCAAUUUCGACACCUGGAAAGACGCCGCUAAGGCAUGCAAGGAUGUCUACGACCUUGAUUUCUACCCAACAAGCAUGUGUGGUCUAGACAUUCGCAUCCCGGAAGGGCAUGCCUUGCAGGGCUCUGAGUCAUUGUACAAGAUGGUGGUUCACGUGGCUCCGAAGCAACCUCAUCAGAAAUGCAACGAUGAGUCGGAUUGGCGCCGCCAAGAGAAUGUCAGCAUUCCUUCUUUCGCUUGCCCGAGCUGCGGUACAUCCAACGUUGAUGGUACAAUCUGCUGCUAUCGAUGUGAGUCUCGACUGGAACCGCACUCAGAUGUGAGCAUGGCCUUGGAGAACACCCGUGCCAAGCAAGUUGCCGCCCGGAAGGGUGAGCCCCUGGAUUACAGGGCAUUGCAACCGAGCGGGGAGGUCAACUCCAAUCGGGCCACGGGCAACAAGAGGGAUCGGAGUGCUGGCUCUGGCCCAGCCGCUGUUCGUCAGCAGGCCGCUAAAUACCUCGGAAAGGCCUUGAAGGCGGGUUCUCGCACUGUUGUUGAGCGUCAGUCUCGUGAUCCGUUCACGGCCUACAACAAUGCAAGAUUUGGCAUAUCCAUCACGGGGCUUGAGCAACUCAUGAUUUUCGCCCGAAUGAGGAUCGCCAACCCGCCAAGGUCACGCCAGAUGAUCCAUGACCGCACUGGCUUUGACGGCGCAGCAAAGGUGAGCUUCUCAUUCCCACCGGAAGGUGAGGACCUGACACUUACGGACCACUGCUUUGUGGCGUUCGUGGACAGGUUCUACAAGCUUGAUGAAGCCGCCUUGUUGGCGUUUGCCGUCCAUCGCAAUGGCUACGUCAUGGACAUCCUGGGCUUCAGCGGUCGCGUAUUGAAGCCGACCGGUCCAGUGGUACAGAUCUUGGCUAGGAUGUGGGAUUCUUCCAAGACGAGGUACGAUAUGCAGUUGAGCGCGGCGAACAGGUGCCUGAGCUGGUUUUGCCUGCCAAUCAGGAACUCCGCGUCCCGGAAGGGCUCGCCUCUCUUGGGGAUAGACAGCUGA